CUCGCGCGCAGGCACCGGCCGGCGGCCGCGGGGAGCGGGACGCGGGCGGCGCUCGCCUCUGCGGAGUCGCCCCCGGGCCGCGGCCGCCGCGCAUUGCCCGUCCGGCGCCGCCAGGGCUGCAGCCGCCAGGCUGCCGGCACAGAGUGCGCCGCGGCAGCCGGAGCCGGGACACCCACCCCGAGCGUCCCGCAGACGGGAGGGCGGGCGGCUGCGGACGUCCGGCCGGCAGCUGGCAGCAUGGAUUCGGAUUCUGGCGAGCAGAGCGAGGGCGAGCCGGUGACCGCCGCAGGUCCUGAUGUUUUUAGCUCAAAGAGCCUUGCCCUUCAAGCCCAGAAAAAAAUCCUGAGCAAAAUAGCCAGCAAAACCGUGGCAAACAUGUUGAUCGAUGACACCAGCAGUGAGAUCUUUGAUGAGCUCUACAAAGUCACCAGAGAGCACACCCACAGCAAGAAGGAAGCCCACAAGAUUAUGAAAGACUUGAUCAAGGUGGCAAUCAAAAUCGGAAUCCUCUACCGGCACAACCAGUUCAGCCAGGAGGAGGUUGUUAUUGUGGAGAAGCUCAGGAAGAAGCUGAACCAGACGGCCAUGACCAUCGUCAGCUUCUAUGAGGUGGAAUACACCUUUGACAGGAACGUGCUCUCCAGGCUCCUGAAUGAGUGCAAGGACCUGGUACACGAACUGGUACAGCGACACCUGACACCCAGGACCCAUGGGCGCAUCAACCACGUUUUCAACCACUUUGCCGACGUGGAGUUCCUCUCUACCCUUUAUAGUCUGGAUGGAGACUGUAGGCCCAACCUCAAGAGAAUUUGUGAAGGAAUCAAUAAAUUGCUAGAUGAGAAAGUCCUCUGAAUUCCUUCUCUCCUCCUGGACUUUGCUGAGUUCCAGUUACAGCACCCAAUGUGGUCCAGGUUUGAGAAGAGAAACCUGGAAACCCUUGUCGAAGACGCUCAUGUUCUGUCCUAUUCGCCCAUCUGAUAUUGAUGCCAGAUUGCAUUCAGGUGUGUUUAUCCCCUGAGCUCACUGACAGGUCUGUUCUUCACCUCCCUUGGUUUGCCAGCCCAAAGGACAUUUCAUCUGUUCUAAGCAAAAGGCUGCCAUGCUCCUCAAGGUGAGCUCACUUCAUCUUGGUGGAGUGGAAGGAGCCCUGGACCAGGAGUUGCAGGACGUGGAUUUGGUUCCCAGCUUCACCAGUGCGACCAUCCUCGGGAUCCUAGAACCACAAUGUCCUCCUGCCUACCUCCCAGGACUACUGUGAGGUUCAAAUGAGACAAUGUGUGUUCACGCUUUUGAAAACUCUAAUGUAAGCUUUUAUUAUUUUCUCUCUGGGGUGUGAGAGGGAUCAACCUGGAUCUAGACUACUAAGCAGCAGAGAAGAAAAGAAUAAUAGUAUCUAAUAGGCCGGGUUUACAGUCUGUCUGUAGAUGUGCUGCUUCAAACACGGCUGAAUACAAAGGUGUGAAGAAGUGUAGCUGCAAAUUGGAAAAAUGUUUUCCAAGAGCUGUGUUUUUUAGGUCUUAGAUGCAGGUGUAUGAUCCUGCAGAGGGAAUCUUUCCAGUGGGGUGGGAGUGUGGAGAGUUUCCCACUCAUAACACAGGAGCAGGAAAGUGUGCUCCCUGUGAGACCAGCCUGAGGUGUGGGAGGGUUUAUCCCAGCAGCACAGGAGAGCUGGGCAGAACGAACCCCUAUCCAUCUCUCUUGGCCUUUCACAGUCACAUUGUGCUGUUUUCUUUGGUUCGUUAAUAAACUGAAACUACCCUUCAAACAA